AUGCCGACCAUUUCCGUCGACAAGUACAAGCUCUUCGAUGCCCUUGGCCAAAAGUUCACCAAGGCCGAAUUUGAAGAUCUCUGCUUCGACUACGGGAUCGAACUCGAUGAGGACACCGAGGAGGAAGAGAGGCCGGUAGUUGACGGCGUUCAGGAGCCUCCACAGCUCAAGAUUGAGAUCCCUGCGAACCGCUAUGACAUGCUCUGCUUCGAGGGCAUUGCCCUCAACCUCAACAUUUUCCGCGGUCGUGUAGUGCCGCCAAAUUUCAGGGUGGUCGAGCCCCAGGACGAGCAGCAACAAACCAUCACCGUUCUGCCAGCGACGACCGAAGUCAGACCCUUUGUCGCUGGCGCCGUGUUGCGCAACAUCAAGUUCACGCCGGAUCGAUACGAUUCCUUCAUCGCUUUGCAGGACAAGCUGCACCAAAACCUUGCCCGAAACCGAACGUUAGUAUCGAUGGGCACUCAUGACCUUGACACCAUCAAGGGGCCGUUUACAUACGAGGCCCUACGCCCGAAAGACAUCAAAUUCAAGCCUCUGAACCAGACAAAGGAGAUGGAUGGAGAGGAACUCAUGACCUUUUAUGACAAGGACAAGCAUCUGGGCCGUUUCCUUCAUAUCAUUCGAGACGCACCCGUAUAUCCCGUCAUAUAUGAUGCCAACCGAGUGGUGUGUUCGCUACCGCCCAUCAUCAAUGGCGAGCACUCCAAAAUUACGCUCAACACUACCAAUGUCUUCAUCGAGAUCACCGCUACCGAUCUGACAAAGCUUCAGAUUGUUACCGAUAUUUUGGUCACUAUGUUCUCUGCCUACUGCGCAGAACCGUUCACCGUCGAGCCUGUUAAGAUCGUGUCCGAGCACAAUAACCUGACCCGAGUUACUCCUGCUCUCAAACCCAGAGUCGUGCACGUCGAGGUAAACUAUCUCAACAGCUGUACGGGUCUAAAGGAAACACCAGAGUCGCUCUGCAAGCUUCUGACAAAGAUGGCCUACGUCUCCCAACCAUCCGAUCGGGACUCGAACCUCUUGGAAGUCACCAUCCCGCUCACCCGUGCCGAUAUCCUUCACCAGUGUGACAUUAUGGAAGAUCUUGCCGUCUGCUACGGGUUCAACAAGCUGCCUCGGACCGCUCCCACGCGGGGUGCUACUGUUGGUGCGCCACUUAUGAUCAACAAGCUCAGCGACAUUGUUCGUGUCGAGGCCGCCAUGGCGGGCUGGAGUGAAGUCAUGCCUCUCAUCCUGUGCAGCCAUGAUGAGAACUUUGCGUGGCUAAACCGCGAGGACGAUGGUAAGACUGCUAUCCGUCUCGCCAAUCCGAAAACACUCGAGUACCAAGUUGUGCGGACUUCGCUUUUGCCUGGACUUCUCAAGACCAUCCGAGAGAAUAAGGGUCACAGCAUGCCCAUCAAGAUCUUUGAAGUUGCCGAUGUGGCUUUUAAGGACGAAUCUGAAGAGCGCAAGGCCCGCAACGAGCGUCACUUUGCUGCCGCCUGGGGUGGCAAGUCGAGUGGAUUCGAGGUCGUCCACGGUCUUCUUGACCGUAUCCUGCUCAUGCUUCGGACUGCAUUCGUGACGCACGAGGAAGGGUUGACCAUGAACAAGGAUAUCGACAUCGAGGCAAAGAAGAACUCCGCCAAGCCGGAUGGCUACUGGAUCGAGGAGCUGGAUGAAGCUACCUUUUUUGCCGGUCACGCUGCCGCCGUCUUCCUUCGCUUGGGAGGCAAGGAGCGUCGUAUCGGCGAGUUUGGAAUUUUACACCCCGCCGUGCUGGAGAAGUUUGACCUCCGAUAUCCCGUCAGUACUCUGGAGAUCAACCUGGAUGUCUUUUUAUGA